AUGGAACGCAUCUCAUCCACCGGGUCAACAAAGCGCCCAAGCAGCAUCCACAGCGGAUCCGGUUACAUGCCCACCUCCCCCGUCUCCAGUCUGCCCCCUCCAUCUCUCCUCCACGACGAUGUCUUCUCCAACAACCCCGAGGAUUAUGACAUUCGACUUCCCAUCGGUUAUGGGUCGUCGGCGGUCGUCUAUGAUGCCUACUACAAACCCCUGAAUAGGCGAGUCGCCAUCAAGGUUAUCGACCUCGAUAUGUUUGAACGCAACCAGAUUGACGAGCUUCGGAGGGAGACCCAGGUCAUGGCAUUGUGCAAACACCCCAACGUAUUGCGCGUCAAUGGGGCCUUCGUGACCGAUAGCAAACUGGAUGUCAAGGCAGGCAAUUUGCUCGUGGAUGACGACGGCUCGGUCCUUCUGGGCGACUUUGGUGUCUCCUCUUCGCUCAUGGAAAAUGGCGACCGACGUGGGCAGAGAAAGACGUUUGUCGGCACACCUUGUUGGAUGGCGCCAGAGGUCAUGGAGCAAGCUGGCUACGACUACAAGGCGGACAUCUGGAGUUUUGGUAUCACUGCCAUUGAACUUGCGACUGGUCACGCACCCUUCGCAAAGUAUCCUCCCAUCAAGGUCUUAAUGUUGACUCUUUCGAAUGACCCGCCUACACUGGACAGAGAGUCGACUAAGCAUCGCUACUCCAAGUUGCUCAAGGAAAUGAUUGACUGUUGCUUGCAAAAGGACGCCAGUAGAAGACCUUCAGCGGAAAAGCUCUUGAAUCACUCGUUCUUCAAACAGGCCAAGAAAAAGUCGCACCUCGUCACAGGGUUGCUGCACAACCUCCCGCCUCUUGAGCAAAGACCUUCCAAGAAGGCGCCACCAAAGGCUAAUAUUCCAGAGAAGGGCGUCUCCUGGGAUUUUGGUGCCGACGACACUGACGAGUCCGUUCGUCGCCCACGCACUGUCACCUUUGAACAACCAAAUCGUCCAGUUUCAACCGCAACAACAGAAUCGGCCGUCUCGGGAACUCUCAUUUCAGAAUCACGGUCGCUGGACAACAUGACCGAGGACGAUUCACAGCAACAAAUUGGAACGCCUGCAUCAAGUCAUUCGGGAGAUAAGCCGGUCAAAAAGUCGCGCUUUGUUGUUGAAGAUUCUAGCUCUGCUGUUUCGUCGCCACCCAUAUCCAACCAGGGCGCAGAAUUAAAUCUUUCACCUAGCGGAAUGGCCUCCCCAUCUCUCCCCCACACCGUCGUGUCUCCCGUUCCUGUACCAACUGGUCAGAAUUUGCACGGCCUUGGAGUCUCGUCGAAUGGCGCAGAACCCAUCAACACCCCGGAGGUGAGAAAAGGACGAUUCAGUGUCAAGGAUACGACACUCAACAUCUCUUCGCCAACACCUAUGAGCAUGAAGACUGCUGGAGGCGAGUCUCUUAUGUCUCCUUCGCGCAGCUUGUCAUCUUCACCAGUAGAAGGUGUCCCAGAUGGUGUUAAUAUCGAGACCCCUCUUGAACUCGGUCCGUCAGAACGAAAGUCCAGGUUUGAGGUGCAUCACAGCCAUGCUGGUGCUCUGACACCUACGAAUGGCACAGGAUUGAACUCACCCGUGCUUUCAGCCACCCAAAUCCUCUCAAGGGAACCAUCCCAGUCUCGUAUGGCAGGAGAUCUUGGACUCUCUCGGGAGAGCUCAGCGACCAGGGUUUCGAGAUUUAGCGUGUCGAAUGUAGAAGGUCGUCCAGGAGACAUUGCUACGGCAGAUGUAGGAGGGUCUGCCCAUUCUACUCCAAACACAUCACCCUCUGCCUCGUUGUUGAGAGGACAGGUGGACAUCAUGGAGGGUCAAGGCACACCUGCGGUCUUUGCCCACUUGGAGACGCUGUACCGCCAGAAUGAGCAACAGCGAGUGAUUCUUUCAGAGCUGUUUGCAGGACUUGGAUCGAAAGCAGGCGGCUCGACUCCUUCGGCGACCAAGAGCCAACUCAGUCACUUUGAGGUUCAGCCGACAUCGGCUGCGCCAUCGAGUGCCAGCAGUGGACAAGGUCAGACUUUGAUGGAAAGGCAGCUGCAGUCGACCAUCCGGGAGAACGAGAGUCUAAGAAGGGAGAACGAAGCCCUGAAGCGGGAGCUGGACCGUCUUCGCCGUGGUGGCGUUUGA